AAGAAGAGAAGAUCGUUCUGCAGCAGGUAAUCAUCAUCUUCAACAUCUGCAUCAUCUCCACCAUGAAGACGCUGACUCUGUCUGCACUUCUUUGUGCCAUGAUGGCUCUGACCAGAGCUGCUGUUCUUCCAGACGCAGAGGCUGGAAACUGGACCAACUCGUUCACUCCAACAGAAGAGAAUCAUGUUGUCAAGAGGUCCACAUCAUGUCCAAAAGAUUGGACUCCUUUUUACGGUCAAUGUUAUCUCUUCGUUCAACAACCCAUGAUUUGGGCUGUGGCUGAGAGAAACUGUCACUCUUUGGGUGGAAACCUCGCAUCUGUUCAAAACUCCAAGGAGUCCGGUGUGAUUCAGGCGGUGAUGACAUUGAGCAACACUCAAAAUCAAGUAAUAGCUUGGCUUGGAGGGUCUGAUGGACAACAGGAGGGACAUUGGUUCUGGAGUGACGGAACGCCUUUCCACUUUACUCAGUGGUGUGGUGGACAGCCUGAUAACGCUGGUGGUCGUCAGAACUGUAUUGGUUUUAAUUUUAGAGCAAGUCUGACUUGUUCACCUGAGGAUUUGAACCCUGGAACUUCAGAUCUGCAGAGCAGGACGACUGAAGCUACAGACGCUGAGAAGGAAGAAGAGAAGAUCGUUCUGCAGCAGGUAAUCAUCAUCUUCAACAUCUGCAUCAUCUCCACCAUGAAGACGCUGACUCUGUCUGCACUUCUUUGUGCCAUGAUGGCUCUGACCAGAGCUGCUGCUCUUCCAGACGCAGAGGCUGGAAAUCGGACCGAUUUGUUCACUCCAACAGGAGGGAGUCAUGUUGUCAAGAGGGCCACAUCUUGUCCCAGUGGCUGGAUUCCUUUCAACGGUCGAUGUUACCUCUAUGUUGCGCAAACCAUGAGCUGGGCUUUGGCUGAGAGAAACUGUCACUCUCUGGGUGGAAACCUCGCAUCUGUACAAAACUCCAAGGAGUUUGGUGUGAUUCACAUCAUGUCGACUUCGAGCAUCACUCAAAAUCAAGUUGUAGCGUGGAUUGGAGGGUCUGAUGCACAACAGGAGUCACUGUGGUUCUGGAGUGACGGAACGCCUUUCCACUUUACUCAGUGGUGUAAUGGACAGCCUGAUAACGCUGGUGGUCGUCAGAACUGUCUUGGCUUUAAUUUUAGAGAUCAGAGAUGCUGGGAUGACUUUGCUUGUGAUGUUCUGCUCCCAUCUAUCUGUGUCAGAGAGGACAGAUAA